GUGUGGCUUAAAUCUGCACAGAGGCAGAGUAACUCCAGUAAAAGAUGACUUCUACAGAAGUGAGAACUCUGUAGUGAGUGACUUUGGAGGCUUUUAUUUUGCAGUCAGAUGCCAGCGAUUCAUGCAUAAGGUUUGGUUAUCUCUCAGGAAGAGGAAACACCUCCUUCUCAACACAUGUGGAGGACUGUUUCUGGUUGGUCCUCCUCCUCUAAAGGAUGACAGGGAGUGGAUCAUAGUAGAGGGCAGCUCCCUCUCCAGCAGCUACAUCAACUCUUCUGUCACGAACACUGAGUGACCAACAACCUCUCACUGCUCUUCCGACCAAAUUAUGGGAUCAUAUUUAAGUGCUGGCUGACAAGCCAGGUCCAAAUUUGGAUCUUACGUCUUUGUUUUUUCAGUGUAAACUUUGUCAGUCAAUCUGAGCAGCUCUCAUCCAAGACCAAGGAUCUGCCGUUGGUGUUGGAGUUCCGUUUGUAAAACAAAAUCCUGGAGAUGGUAGAUAUUUGAACCCACAGUGAACCAGGAUGGAGCCUGUUAAGAGAGACAUGGAGCUGCUCAGUAACAGCAUGGCGACCUACGCUCACAUCAAAGCCAAUCCAGAGAGCUUCGCCCUCUACUUCAUGAUGGGUGUUUGUCUGGGCCUCCUCAUGGCACUGUGCCUCCUGGUGGCCGGCAUCGCCUGCAGGACUCGCCGCCACAGCAGACCACCCCCUUCCCCUGAGAGGAGACAGCUAAAGGAGUCCAGCGAGGAAGAGGAGGAUGGGGAGGAGGAUGAGGAGAGCAUUGCAGACGAAGAUGUGGAGGAGGCAGAGAUCCCCAAAGUGACAAUAGGGCCCAUGAGUGAUCACAGCAGCCAGUCCAACGGGACUCUGAGGAGUGUAAAUGUGUUCGCGUCAGCUGAGGAGCUGGAGAAGGCUCGACGACUGGAGGAGAGGGAAAGAAUUGUCAGGGAGAUCUGGAGGAACGGACAGCCCGACAUCCUGGUCACAGGGACAGGGACUAUUGGACGAGUGCAUUACCACUAACAAAGACUUUGACUGUGCCCUAAAGAUCCACCCCACAAACUGCCGAGGACAGGACACACACAGAUGUUUCGAUUUGUAGGAUAACCUACAGUGUUUGAUAUUAAAAUAAGUGACUGGGGUGGUGAGAGGGAUUGAACCUUAUAUUUCACUUUGUCAAAACCAAAGCCCUCCUCUGUGUUAAAUUAUUCAAGGAAUUUAAGCAGUACCCCAAUUUAACCCUUAAAAUCUUACCCACAUUAAAGGAAUAUUUCACCCUUCAAAUGACUAUGUAUAACAUUUACUCAUCCCAUGCUAACGUUGAAUUUGCAAAGAAAUCGUUUUUUCUCACAUGCCUCCACGCUGAACGAAGAAUCCAAAAAUGGAAAAAAAAAUCUUUAAGAAUUCAAGUCAUAAGUGGCCGUGGUCUACAACAGCAAAACUAUAUCAAAACAUCUGCUUACAAACUGUUACAAAACUCUUGCAGUACAACACUACAAGUCUCAUUUAUCUAGUCGUAUGUUAGGGGGGAUAAUAACAGUUUUCUGUUGUUAUACUCGGCCCCCAAUGAUUUCAAUUCAUCAAGAAUUUUAUGCGUUUUUGGAUUCUUCAUCCACCAAGGAGGCGUGUGAGAAAAAUUAAAAUUUCUUUACAAAUUCACAUAAACACAGCAUGAGUAAAUUAUAGGAGGUGAAGUAUUUCUUUUGCAUAUGGCAAAGUGCAAAUAUGUUUUUUUAAAAAAAAUGCAAAUUUAGGAAAAGAAGAGCCCCUCUCCCCCCUAAUAACUGUGGUACAGUUCCUAAGUCAAUAAGACAUUAUGAAAUAAGUGAUCAUAUAAAUAGAUACAGAUAUGUAAUACAUUCAUAUUUUCAAAUCCAUUACAUUUUUAGAAUUCAGUUAACAUCUUUAUUGAUCAAGAAAAACCUGCAUUAUCUUUAUGAAAUAAAAAAAGAGACUCUGGGGGGAUUUUUUUUUCUUUUUUAAAUCAGCACUGGUGGAAUAACUUUCAUUUUCAUCAAUAAACUCAGCAGGAUAACAAAAACAUAAUCUGUAAUCUUUUUUUUUAUUACUUUAGUAGUCCCCCAUACAUUUUGUUUUAGCAUGCUUGUGACAUAAAAAAUAUUUUGUAUGCAGCAUAUUUGGCUUCAUCUAUUUUACCAUAUCUUUGCAAUGUGAAUAAUUAAAAGUGUAACAACUUUUUGAGUCAACAACAGAACAUGUAUAUCAUUGGAUGAAGUGGUGUCCAUCUGUGGUUAUUUAUGUGUCAAACAAUGUUCAUUUGAUUUAUUAGCAAUAAUUAGAUGAGAAAAUCACUUUUCAUGUUCAUGUUUCAUGUUUUUAAGCUAAGUAUGUAGCAUUAACUGGAGCUGAGAGACAGUUAGCUAAAUUAGCUUAGCAUAAAGACUGGAAACAGGUAGAAACUGCUAGCCUAGCUUUGUCCAACAGGGUUAAUAAAUCCACCUACAAGUACAUUCAAGUGGAUAAAGGACAACUUGUGGUGUUUUCCUUGUUGUGAUACUGAUAGCUAACUGGGAGAGUCCAGGUAGUAACCCGUCCCGCCCUCCACCCAAGAAAUAGUCCUACCCUGAACAGUAACUGUUUCAGCUUCUCAGAUGUGAAUAUUAGCUUGUUUCUAUGUCUUAUGUGAUAAUAAAUUACAUAUGUUUAUGUUUCAGACUGUAUUAAUGAUCUAGUCAUGUUUUUGACUCAUCAACUGAUGGUUUCCAAUUCUUAAAAUUGCUCAAUUUGUCUGACCAACAGCCCAAAAAUCCAAAAAAUAUUCAAUUUGCAAUGAUAUAAAAGAGCAAAGCAGGAAAUCCUCAUAUUUUAAUAACUUGACUCAAUGAUUGUUUGACCUUUUAUUUGAUAAAUUACUACAAAAAAGGGUUGUUGAUUCAUUUUCUGCAUUAUUUUCUGGCCUGCAUCAUCAGACUUUGAAUCCAGUUUGUCGCCAAGUAGGUUUUCACCGUCAAGAAAAUUGCUUUAGUGUUUUGAUAGACAAGAAACAGAAAUAUGGAAAGCAAAUUAAAUUAGAGUAACCUGAUUAAUGUAGCCUGUUUAAAAUGAAAGGCAGUGUGUGCAAAAAUAUAUUCUAGGGGUUGUGCAAAGGUUCACAUAAAUAAAAUUAAAA